CUCACUCGUUUCCCCCCACUUCCUUUUACCCACAGCAUUCCCUUUCUCCGCCCACAUUCCCGCUCAGGGCUAACGGCGCGCCUGCGCAUUGUCCUGUCUUCCCCCCCUCCACCCACUCCAUUAGCCUUCGCUUCCGGCCGUCAAGUUGGCUCGAGCGGGUGGGGGUGUAUGUAUGUGUGUGAGAGAGAGAGUAAGAGUCCGCUGAGGAGGAGGAGGGGGAAGACAUUUUAUUAUUGUUUUGCUUUUUUAAAAAAUAUGUGUGGACAAUUAGAAGAAAAGACGAUUUAAAAAAAAUCUGAAGGAAAAACAUCAAGGGAAAAGAGGAGGUGGUCAAGAGUUUGAGAGGGAAAAAUAUUUGACGGAGGAGGGUUAUGUCUCCACAGUGAAAAAAAUAACCCGGGGGUCUUUUGUGAAGUGUUUUUUUUUGGAAUUCCUUCCGCCUCCCCUUCCCCUCUUCCCUUCAUGUUUGCCUUUCUGUGAGGAGAAAAUCAUCCCCAAAAUACCUCAGGCUUCAUGACUCUCGACUCUAUCAUGGCGUGCUGCCUUAGUGAAGAGGCGAAAGAAUCCAAGAGAAUUAACGCCGAGAUAGAAAGGCAGCUUCGCAGGGAUAAGCGGGAUGCACGCAGGGAGCUGAAACUGCUACUCUUGGGUACUGGUGAAAGUGGCAAGAGUACAUUCAUUAAACAGAUGCGAAUUAUACAUGGGAGUGGCUAUUCAGAUGAAGACAAACGGAGCUAUACGAAGUUAGUCUACCAGAAUAUAUUCACUGCCAUGCAAUCCAUGAUCAGAGCCAUGGAAACCCUUAAAAUCCAAUACAAAUAUGAGCAGAAUAAGGCGAAUGCACAAUUGAUUCGCGAGGUUGAUGUAGAAAAAGUGGCAUCGUUCAAUAGUCCAUAUCCAAGUGCAAUAAAAACUCUGUGGAAUGAUCCAGGAAUUCAAGAAUGCUAUGAUCGAAGGCGAGAGUAUCAAUUGUCAGACUCUACUAAAUACUAUCUUAGCGAUUUGGAUCGUAUAUCGGAUCCUGCCUAUCUGCCCACUCAACAGGAUGUCCUUAGAGUUCGAAUCCCAACAACAGGGAUAAUUGAAUACCCAUUCGACUUGCAAAGCAUCAUCUUCAGAAUGGUGGAUGUUGGAGGCCAGAGGUCGGAAAGAAGAAAAUGGAUUCAUUGCUUUGAAAACGUGACAUCCAUCAUGUUUUUAGUGGCACUUAGUGAAUACGACCAGGUUCUUGUAGAAUCUGAUAAUGAGAAUCGAAUGGAGGAGAGCAAAGCACUAUUUAGGACGAUAAUCACAUAUCCCUGGUUUCAAAACUCCUCAGUCAUUCUCUUCUUAAAUAAGAAGGAUCUCUUGGAAGAAAAGAUUAUGUACUCCCAUUUGGUUGACUACUUCCCUGAGUUUGAUGGUCCACAGAGAGAUGCGCAGGCUGCACGAGAAUUCAUUCUGAAGAUGUUUGUUGACCUGAAUCCUGAUAGUGACAAAAUCAUCUACUCUCACUUCACAUGUGCCACAGAUACAGAGAACAUCCGUUUCGUCUUUGCAGCUGUCAAAGAUACAAUUCUGCAGCUGAAUCUAAAGGAGUACAAUUUGGUCUGACCAGACCAGAGAAAAGGAGAAAAGAAAAUUUAAACCAUAAUGACCGCAAUUGUUAUGAUCUGUGAAGUUUGCAAACUGCUAAUUGUCAUCCUGGAUUCUUGUCUGUGUGUGUCCACAGAGUUGUAGCUUCUUCUAAAACAAGAAAAUGGUUUUAUUCAAUGCAGGAUCGGGGAGGGGCAGGGAGACACCUUUUUAAUGUGCAUCUUUUUGGGUGCCAAUCUACAUUUCCAUAUUUUCAAAUAUCACUUAAUAACUAGCUGUAUAACAGAUAGUUGGCUUGAGCUACAAUCUCUCUAAUGCUUGUUCAAAUGAAGAAUAGCAGGUGUUAUUCCACUUGCAAAAUCAAAAUGCAAUGCCAUCCCCUCCCCUCUGCUCUUUCAGUUUUGCUGGCCUUCUGCUCCUUCUGCUGUCUGAUCACAGAUUUGCUCUGUGAUGCACAGUGGUGAUGUUUCAGGGCUCUGUCUGACAGAAACCAAGCCAUCACUUGCAUAAUUGAUGUACUGUUUCUGGUUUAUUUGUUUUUUUUUCUGAUCAAUGAGAACGUAUUGAUACUGUGAUUUAUUUUUUGAUUUUUUUUAAAAAUAAAUUAUUGAUGUUAUACAUAUAGUUUGCUACUUGCUGUAUUUCAGCCAUGGACUACAAAGAUGGGAGCUCACUAAGCAUUAGCAGGUUGAGCAAAUAUCAUGGAAACUGGGAGGGGGGUGGAAUUGGCUUAAGUACUUAGAAACCUGAGAUGUGGAAAUAAUGAUUACUUGGCAAACAAAUGAAGCCAAAUCUAGUAUAAAGAAAUAAGUGUAUUUAUCUAAUUUAUGGACCAGUAUACUUAGGCUUGAUUUCAGAUUAGAAUGUUUCUGUAUGAGUUGGUUUACAGAUGCUCAGCUGUUGCCAAACUUUGAUUUUUUUUUUAACUGCUGUACACUACAGUGGCAAGUUGUGGAGUCUUUUUUAGGGUGACUUGCUAAACAGAAGUUGAAAGUUUAUGCUUUUUUUCAGAUGAGGGGUUUUAACCUUGAAAGUGUUUAAUAGCAAGUUAGUUUUAAUGUGGUCAGGUACUUUUACAGAUUUUUUUUUUAAAACAUAGGUAUGAUAUCAGGCCUGUUUGAAAAGAAGACCUCUGUGUUUUAUAGGAAUGCAGGUGGCAAGAAAGUUGCACUACACAGCUCUUAAUUUGUGUGAUUUCUCUGUACAAAAGUGAAAGAAUGGCUUUUAUACAUGCUGCACAGUGCCAUAAAUAUAUUGUACCUUAAGUUGAGAAGGUUUGACCUCGCCAAACAAAUAUCAGGACUACUUUGUAAUGUUAAAAGUUGUAGGCAGCCUUUCUGGUACAAUUGCUACAUCCCACACUCGUGGUUUAAAUACUGUGGUUUGGUAGAGAUGGCAUCUAUAGAAAAAACUGAUCUGUGCUUUUCUUUUUCUUUUAAUGUAGUUGGAGAUGCAUGUUUAUCUUGCAUUCAAAUCAUCAUGCUGCCACCUAUUCAGUAUACUUGGUGUAUAAACCUUAAUGAUGCCUUUUCGUUGUACCUACUGACUUCACCAGCAGGGGUGCCCUGUCAUUUGCUCCAGGCAUUUGGCUACAAAAAGGGCUUCAUAUCCAAAAUUAUCAUAAUUGAUUUAGUACUAAAUAGUUUUUAAUCACACUAAAACAACUGGGAUAUGUUAGAGAUUAGGAUGAGUUUGAGCAUCAACUGUUGAAAGUUGCAGCACUUUGCUGUUUGACUAUAAUCUAAAAUGCUUUUUCAAGUAUCAAUGCUUAAAAAUAUAAUCUUAGCUAAUUGAUUUCUGUUUUAUUUUAUAAUAAUGGAAUUCCAGACUAAUGAUUCAGAACUAAAUAAAUCUCAAACUGUAGACAUUAUUUCAAAUGUGGUUGAAAUUGUGAUUUUGUCAGCUGUGAAUUUGAUAUAAUGAAAUGUAAUGGUGAGAGAGUUAUUUGGUUUCAAAAUGUUGUCAAAAUGUUGUAUUCAUAUUGCAUGGAAGAGCAGAUAAGUGUUAAAGGUUUUGAUUGGCAGAUCUGUGUGAAAACAGGUGGUAGCAAGAACAUGUCAUUCCAGCCCUUAAUAUUAAUUCAUUUAUUAAAAUAUGAUUAGUACUUGACUGUUAAAUCAAGUAAUACAACUGUUUAUAUUACUGAUUUUUAUUUUUGGUGAGUAUUAUGAUUUUGCAUUCGCCAUAAUGCAGUCACUAAGCUCAGUGCCCUUUUUGAAAAGGAUCUUCUAAAAUUAAACGUAUGCCAUAUCAGAGCAGAUGCAUAUAAGAGUAUAAAUGUGGCACCAUUUAACUUGUAAGAUCUUGUGGGCCUACCCACAGAAAAUCUAAGGAAUUUGGAAAUGCCAAAGCAACAUUUAUAGAGCUUUUUGAAAAAGUUUCCAGAGUUUUUGCAUGUGGGAAUAAUGCCUGCCAUAAACAUUUGAUUUCAUUUAAAACACCUAACUGUCAGGGAGGACUGAUGUUAGAGAAUUUAUUGUUUUUGCUAAGUUUUAUAUGUCUCUGGUCUACUUAGACUGCUGCGAAAACAGCCAAAUAUUGUGUACACUACAUACCAUUGCUAAACACUCCAAUAUCCUGCAAAACUAUUCUGUAAAAACUAAAUGCCAUUGUUUUAAUAAACCAGUAUGGUAACAUGGCAUUAGGUUUCCUUACUCUUAAGUUUACAUGAAAGGUCUUGGAAGUUUUGACAGGACUAGACUGUGUGAACACCUAAUUUUGCCCAAUUAAAAUGAUCUUAAAAUGAAAAUGUGGAAAUUGUCUGGGGAGAGAUAAGAUAGUGUUUAUCUUUGUUGAAUUUUAUGGCAAUGAAGUAAAGCAGAGGAGUGCCUUACCUAAUCCCAAAAUGAUUUUUUUUGCCAGUAAUAGACACCCUGAAGUUUUAUUCUAUAGGGCUAGAACAAAGAUUGUUACUCCCCUUAUAUUUAAAUUUAAUAACAAUUCAAAAAAUCACAUUUAACUAUAAGAUAUUUGUGCAAUUCAAGAGUGAAAUCAAAACAUAAUGAAAUUUUAAUUAACCAAGGGAUGUGGGUAUGUUUAAUAGCGAUCUUUGGAAAACUAGGUUUGCUCAAUAAAAUUUCAAAAUUGAUAAAAUAUUGUUAUCCUGACUGCAAGCAAUCUAAAUGUCUAAAAUCUAACAGACCGUAAAGGUUUUACUUGUCAGCAUGCAAUAGAUUGUUUCAGCUAAACAUACCACAUAAUGGAAUAUGCAUGCUUAUAAUUGAGGAUACAUUUUAGAUAUUUGCCCUCAUGCUACCGAUGUCCACAUUUCUAGAGUUGACUUUUGCAGAAUUUAAUGCAGCAGGAGCUUAUUUUCCCCACCGUGCUUUUUAAAAUGGUAGCAAUCCUUUCAUCCAUUCAGAUGUAAUGAAUUAAUUAAAAAUGAGUAUCAUCUUGUGUACAAUGUGUAUACAUGUUUUGUUUGAAUGCUAUUGAACAAAUUGAAAUUUGCGGUGGAUAAUAUUGUUUCAGAUUACUGUUGCAGACUUUCAGCGGUCACAUUAUGUUCUAAUAUUUUCAAUAUCUAGCAAUUCUAUAAUUUAUUUCAAAUUAACUAUUUGUUUCAGUGAAAGCAAAAUUCUGAGGCUGAAUUUGUGAGCAUAUAGUUUUGUUUUUUUUCUCAAAGGGUAGAAAAAAUAUUCUUGAAUAAUCCUAAACAAUCUUCUCUGGGUUGUUGGUGAACUUUUAGCUGAAAAUAGCUGACCAACAUCUUCCCAAGUCCCUUAGAAAGGAAAAACUGACUUUUUUUUUAAAAAGAGGUUUAUUUGCAGUAGUUGUGGAUUUGAUAGUUUCAGAACAUUUAGCUUUUGAAUAAGUUUCCCACCUCCAGUCAGGAUUAGUCAGUUGAAGUCAGCAUAUAUAUGUCACAGUUGGAAUUAAAAUCUAAUAUUUUCAAAUGUAAGCAAAGCAUUAAUUUUCACUCUUAAUAUUUGACAAAUAAGUGUAACUUGUUUUAUCUUUAAAGCCAGCCAACCUGUGUAAAUAAUAUUUUGAUUCACUUUAUACCUAUUGUCAUCUAGAGUUUCCAAGGAAAAAUUCCUUUCACUUUGGAUGCAAGAGUUUUAAGAAUAAACGCAAGUUUUAAACUAACUGGGUGAUCCAUACUUGGCCUGGGUUCAGUGCAGUUUUAAUAUUGUUGUUAUGCAUAACUUGCAAGCAUGUUGUUGAGAACAUGGGCCCAUAGUCAGAAAAGAUUACAUAGAAUGCAUAGUGUUGGGAUUCCAAUUUACACUUUUUGCACAUUUACUUUUGUGAAUAUGGGUCCCUGUAUAAGGAAAAAUAAUUUAACAAAUUGAGGGUGAUAGGUAGUUUUAAUUUUUAGCCAGAUUUGCAAAAAAUGUAUAAAAUGUAUGUAGCAUAUGCUUGCAUAAUAUAGGAAACUAAAUGGGAAAUGUCUCUUUUGUAUUGUAUUUAAACCAGGGGACCAAGCUUCUGUCAGAAAACCUAUUUUAAUUUGUUUUAUUUGAGAACAAGAAAACAUUUGAUUUUUAAAAAUAUACUGGCAUAUUAGUAAUUGCAUUAUUGUAGUAAUCUUCCUGGCUAUCUGUUCUACAGUAUUGAAAACUGUCUAGGCUAUUUUUCCACAUCACUUUCACUAUCGCAAGCUUCUGCUUUUGCCACUGUUCUGUGAAUAUUUAGAGAAAUUGGGGAUUGAGUAGCUAUGUUAACUGAAUGUACCAUGGUUCUUUACUGCUUGCUUAUUUCUUAGCUUAGGGAUUCUGUGACAUAGUGGUAAUAUCUGUGCCUCUGAGCCAGAAGGCUUGUGUUCGAGUCAUACCUGCUCCAGAGGUGUACAGUCACAUCCCUGAACAAGUUAAUCAGAAAUGUCUAGAUUGUGAUGGACGGAGUAUUUUGUUUAAAUAUGAAACAAUGCUCGUGUACAGGUAGGCAAAUGUUAGAGGAUUGGGAUUAUUUCUGUAAUAUGUGAAAACCUUUAUUACAAGCUAAAAUCAAUUAAAUGUUUAUGUUCCUUAAUUCGAGUAUGCAGUUUGUUGAACUAACUACUUUUUUAAAAGCACAAAAUGGUGCAACUUAAAACCUAUUUUACAAUUAUUUGGGCUAAGAUUUUUAAAAAUCUUAAUUUUUUUUUGUUACCUUGUCAAUUGCCAAAUAAUCAUUUUUAUAAAGUGGAUUAAUAAUUGCUGAAAAAAUUCAUUUGUUUUGCAGUUUUCAAUUACUAAUCAAUCUCGCUUCCCUCACCUCCGCUUUGGCUGUUCCAUGAGGAACAACAAAUUCAUGUCAACAGCAUAAGUCAGUUACCAUGUUUAAUUCAUGUGCGUGAAGUUGUCCUUACACCUUGUAAUUUACAGAUGAAUGUUUUGCUGUGAACUAGAUUGUAAUGUUUAUAGUAUAACAUUUGUUAUGUUGAAAGGUAUCUACUAAUGAAGUGCCAAAUGGCCUUUUGCAAAAGGAGUUACUAACUUUCGAUCAGAGUACAAAGCAUUGCAUUUGAGUGUUGGAACAUUGGCCUGUACCUGGAAUUUUUCAAUUUUAUUAUGACAUGAAGAGUUCCCAAAUGAAGGUGGUGGAAUUCGCCCAUUAGAAAGAGUGAAAUAAAUAAAUAAUCUGAUUGACUUGUAUGUAACUUGUGUCUCAAAAUGGAAUAUUUUUGUGCAAUCUUGGAAUACGUAUGAAGCCCACAGUCCUGCAUGGAAAAGAUAUAUGUAAAAAAGGGGAGAAAUUUAAAGUUCCUGGCAAGAAUGGAGGAAUGAGUAUUUAUUUAGUUUGUGCUCCUAGUUUACCAACUGGUGUCUUUCCAUUUAAUUUUAUUUGUGGUAGCCUUAUUUUCCAGACUCUUCUUUACAUUCCUGUUCUCUCUUUAUUGGAUUUAGCCUUUGCUUCUGCUUAUUAGAAUUAGGUUUAUUGUCAUGUGCUUAAGUACACUGAUGUUACAGCAUUAAUUAUUAGGGGCCUGGCUAUGCUCAUUUUCACAGGGACAUUUAAGAUUGAUCUUGCAUUAGAAAUUCCAUAUUGUUGAAUGUAGGUUUUAUAUUUGUAUUACGAAUGAUAGGAUAUCAUGUUUUUUCCUUGCAAUGUUAAAAAGGGAGCAGCACUAAAUGUGAAUGUGGCAACAUUCCGCAAUGUUUGAAGACUAUAAAGAGAGAGUUUAAAUGUAAAAGAGCAAGUCGGACUGAGGCUGUAGAGUGUGGUGGUGUUAGUGGGCGCAACUAUUAUAAACAUAGCAUUUGAGGAAGCAAAACAUAUGGAUGAACUUAACUGACAAGUUUAGUAAUAAGAUGUGAAUUUGAAUGUUUUUGUGCUAUGAUGAUAAAAAGCAAACAAUUGCGUAUCAUUUUUAGUUAGCCUUUGGGAAAGGAGUUGGUGGGAGAAAAUACUCAAUACAUCAUCUCUGGCCAUUUUUAAUGGAGAAAGUGGUAUCUAUAGCUCCUGCAGAGCCACAAAAUAACUACUUUGUCUUAAGUUUCCAAAUUGCAUUGCUGAAUAGACGUUUUGUAAGCAACAAAAUGGGGUGACAGGAGAAUUUAAAUCUUUCUUUGCAGCUUAUUGCCUAGACAGCAAGUAACACUAAUGGGCAUCAUCGUCAACAGAGAUAUAUGCAGGAAGGGAGAUUAUGGAAACAAAAAUCUGACAAGACUUUGCCUAAACGCAGUGAAUCAUAGAAGCGUCCUUGCUAUAUUUAAGGUACUAAAAACUAAAUGUGGAAAAAUAAGCCUGUUCAGUUAUUUGGGAAUAAUGCAUUUUGAGCUGAAAAGUUGUCAUGGGCUUCAGUAAGGUUGUAUAUAGAAUGAAUAUUAGACCUCUGUAAAUGUCCUGGCUUCAUGCAAAGUAAAUGUUCUGUCAUAGACCUGGGUUGUUAACAUUUUAGUAUUCAUUUGGUGGAAUCUUCAAACUUCAUCUUUUGUUGUGUAUUUUUAUGCUUGUAACUUUUUGAAGAAAAUUGAAGCAUGGCAGCCAUCAGCAGUGGUGUAUUGAACUAAAAUAUGUAUUACUGAUCUUUCACAGAUUUUUUUUAAGUAAACCAAAUGUAAAUUAUGUAGAAUAAUGAAUUAAAGUGUGCCAAGUCCCUUCUUUGUAGUGCCAGACUCUCUACAAGUGCCAAUGUGGUGGAAAUUUAGGUUGGACUUGUAUAUUAAGUCCUGUUAAAAGGAAACUUUAAACUAUUUAAGAGCUAUAUCUGCUGUUUUUAAAUUGUGUCAUUUUAAUGCAUGUAUUGUUGUUUUGGAGGGGCCUAGUUUUUGAAGUAAAACAAAUCUUGUACAAUAAUUACCUGAGAAGGGUCUUACUGGUUAUUAAUACAGUAUUUUUCGGCCAUAAUUUUGUAAUAGUUUAAUUUGACCUCUGUUGCUUGACCCUCAUGGAAACAUGGACUUGAUUUUCAUAUCCUUCUCCUGAAAUUCUCUGUUUGAAAUUGGAAUAAAUUUUGUUCCUAUA